AAUUUUCAUAGGCUCGCAACAUUGAUUGGGUGCGACACUUCUUUUGUGUGUUUUUUUUAAAAAUACUUGCCACCUUACCUUUCACAACUCAAUGGAUGAUCCGUUCGAAUGUCGUUUAAAUUUCCUUUCCCUACUUGAAAAGUUGAAUGCGUCGCAGCAGUCGAUCCAAAAGGUAGCCAACUAUGCGGUACGACAUCGAAAUCUCGCCGAAGAUCUGUACAGUUGCUUGUUAGAACAAUUGGACAAGGCGACCAUAAACGCGCGGGUUAAUAUUGUAUAUGUCCUUGACGCCAUCUUUGCCAUCAGUCACAAGGCAGGAUUCAAAGGCUACCAUGAUCUCACUCGGCAGGACUUACCGCGCAUCAUUGAAACUGUCGUACCCAACGAUGCAAAGGGCAAUGUCAAUAUUGGAAGUACACGCAAGAUCUUGAACAAUUGGCGACGACGACGUUAUUUCGAAACUGAAGUGCUUGACGUAGUUGAGAAACCAUUAUUACAGCGAGAAGCGGCGGCAGCAGAAUCAUCACAGACAGCAGGCGAUGAUGGGUUUUCUAAAGAAGAUAUAAUGCGACGGAUGGAGGAAGACCGAGAACGGCACAAACGAUUCCGCGAAGAAGUGUGGAUCCGCUCUGCUGAAGAAUCUGUCGACGCCGAAUUCCAACAACUCUGGGAAAGCACAGAGCCGCUUGUGCCAGAUACCGACUAUGAGGUGAUGAUGCUGCAAAAUAUGCUCCGGCUGCCGCACUAUGCUUGGCACAUGAUGCUCUCCCAGCGGUCGUCCGCUGUUAAUACCAUGGCGCCACCACCACCUCCACCACCUCCACCUGCAGCUCCUGCUGCUCCUGCUGCUGCAAGCAACGGUGCGUCAACAACUCCGGCUGCAUCCUCAUCAUCUUCUCCUCCCCUUCCUCCAGUAACGACGGCCCCACUAUCACCGGCACAAGAGCCACUGCAAUCGCCAGAGGAGUCGCCAUUGACCCCAUCAUCUCCAUAAAGCAGCACUACAUUAGCAAUGACUGUGACACCCUUUGUAUUUAUCAGCCCAACAGUUUUUUUCGUUCUUGUCAGAUGAUGUCUUCGGCCCGCACGUUUUUUUAUCAUGAUGAUUAU